AUGAACACCUAUGAUCCAGACGAUGCGACAUACAACGGAAGCCCUCAGCCCAACAACCUCAAUCACACCAAUCCCAAUCCCACGGAAUUCAUCCCACCAGGCGUGGAACAAAUAAUCUCACGAAGCACCUGCCACAUCGGGAAACUGAACGAAAACACCGUCCUAAAAUACGCCCCCAACCACAACAGCCCUCUCGACCUAAUGACCAUCAAGAUCGAAGCCCGUCUCCUCCACAUGCUAGGCCCCCAUCCACGCAUCAUCCAAUCCCACGGCCUCGCAGAAGACGGGUUAAUGCUCAAAUACUACCCCAACGGCGACCUCCAUGCAUAUCUCGCCGCACACCCAUUCGUGAGCAUGGAGCGGCGACUGGAAUGGUGCAAGCAACUCGUCGACACAGUCGGAUAUGUACACUCAAGACGGAUUAUCCACUGCGAUAUCACGCUGAGCAACCUCCUCCUGGAUGAGAAUCACGAUAUCAUCCUCGCCGAUUUCCAGGGUCUGCUUGUUGCCAGUAAUGGGAAGGUCCUGCUUGAUGGGUUGAGUCGUGAGCCGUCGAAAUCGUUCAUGCCUCGGAGACACAAUACGGCGGAUGUCCAUACUGAUCUCUUUGCCGUGGGAUCGGCGAUUUAUCAUCUUGUUGUGGGACAUGAUGUGUUUCCUGAGCUGGACAGCGUUGAAGAUGAGGCGGAGAUUGGAAACAGAUUUAAGAAUGGGGUUUUUCCGCCGGAUGACUAUGUGGCUGGACAUAUUGUGGAGAGGUGUUGGAGGGGGUUGUAUUCGUGUGCUGCUGAGGUUUCUACGGAUAUCUCGGAGGUUCAGGCUGUUUCGAAGGCUGUUGAGGAGGCUCAGAGGCCAGGUGAUGGUUUGUAG